CUGAGAUUCUGCAAGGAUGAGCAGCAAGAAAGAACACCAGCUAAGAAUAUACGGGACCCUAGUAGUGAUUUUUAUCUUCCAAGUUCAGGUUUUGGGGUUUGAUGUUGACAAUCGACCUACAACGGAUGUCUGCUCGACACACACAAUUUUACCUGGACCAAAAGGGGAUGAAGGUGAAAAGGGAGAUAGAGGAGAAGUAGGAAAACAAGGAAAGCUUGGACCAAAAGGACUAAAAGGAAAUGAAGGACCUAUAGGGGAUGUUGGAGACCAGGGAAUGCUUGGGAAAAUUGGUCCAAUUGGUGGAAAGGGUGACAAAGGAGCCAAAGGCUUACCAGGAAUUUCUGGAAAAAAGGGGAAAGCAGGGACAGUCUGUGACUGUGGAAGAUACCGCAGGGUUGUUGGACAGCUGAACAUCAACGUUGCUCGUCUCAACGCCUCCAUCAAAUUCCUAAAGAAUGUUAUAGCAGGCAUCAGGGAGACAGAUGAGAAGUUCUAUUACAUUGUGAAGGAAGAGAAGAACUACAGAGAAGCCUUGAUUCACUGCAGGGACAGAGGAGGAACAUUAGCCAUGCCUAAAGACGAGGCAACCAACACCCUGAUCGCUGACUACAUCUCCAACAGCGGCCUCUUCCGAGCCUUCAUUGGGCUGAGUGACAUGGAAAAAGAAGGACAGUUUGUGUAUGCAGACAGCAGCCCACUGCAGAACUACAGUCACUGGAAGGAAGGGGAGCCUCACGACCCAGCUGGCCACGAGGACUGUGUGGAGAUGCUCAGCACAGGAGAGUGGAAUGACUCUGAGUGCCAAGUCACCAUCUACUUUGUCUGUGAAUUCCUGAAGAAGAGGAAAUGAAAGCGCUGCAGAAUGUGCCUGGCACCUGCUGUACAUACAAUAAUCCCUCUUCAUUCACCCACCAGAGAGAGAGCAGACAACCAGGGGUGGGGCUUAACCUGCCUUCACCUCACUGGGUUAAGCAAGAGCAACUACCGUUAAGAUGGCUGCAACAAUAAAGUCAGCAUAGGUCUGCAGGGAGCAUGCAGUCAGUUGGGAACUUUUAUUUAGCUUCUGUGUACAAUCACAGGUGGUAAUUUCCACAUGUAAUUUAGGGACAAAUAUAAAGCAUGCAGAGGUGACUGUGAUUUCACCAAUUCCAGAAUUAGUAAGCUUGAUGGCAUAUUAGCUACCAAUAUGCUUCACAAAGUCCACAGAUGGAAAGAGUGUGAUCUUUAUUCAUCUUUCACCUGCACAGGAGAUCCCAGUAAUUUCCUCGGUGACUUUCAGAGCUGGAAGAAGAGACUUGUAGUUUCUCUUGAAAAUAAUCCUUCAUUUGUUAAAGUCAUAGAGUGCUUUCAGUUGGAAUGGAUCUCUGGAGGUUAUCUGGUUGAAUCUUCCACACAAAGCAGGUUCAGUUUCAAACUUAGAGUAGAAGUUGUUAUAUUCUCCUGAAUUUGGCUAUGCAGUUAUAUUGCCCAGUAUGCAGGGGAAGGCUUGUUUAUCUCUGCUUCCUACCAUACCAUCCAUCAGGCUGGUCUGAGGUGUGAUGAAUUAACUUAGAGAUGACACUUCUGCAUGCAAGCCUGCAGAGCUUGUAGGUAACCUAAGAAUAGUGCAGUUCUAGCUUCUCAUGUGCCACAAAAUCUACAAAAGACAUAUAGGAAAGCCUAACACAAGGAGAACAACGUAAAGGAAGCAACACCACUGCUGCAGGCUGUAAACAGGCACUUUAGUAUCAGACAUGCCAAAGUACAUUGCUGGUUUAACAUGUUCCUGCAAUCAGUUGUUAACUCCCUUAACUCAGCAGCCAGUGAAGUUUCAUGUCUGAUGCUAAACUCACCUGUGCCCUUGCAACACAAGAAGCAGCAACAGAACAGGCUUUAAUCUCCAAGAACCCAGAUUCAGCUGCGGUUGAGCAACUCAGCAGCACUCCUCACAACUGACGAGCAGUAAGUACAAAGGCUUUGCGGUCAGUGCCUGGCUACUCAUUUUGUCCACGUCAGCAUGUCCACAGUGGAUCACAUUUUCAUAUAUUUGACAAUACUGAAGGAGAUCUUUUCUAAAGACACCACAAUAGUUUUGUCCUCGGAAGUGAGUUUUCAGCCAUGGCUCACCUCUUCUCACAGCAGGUGUGAGGAAGGAUGUGCUCUGUAAUGACAGUCUAGAGAUUGUCUUUCCCUCUUGAUACGAAACAUGAAGGAACAAUACGUGGAGGCUAAGGAGAGUGCUAGACACUAGACAUAGUGCAGUAAUGUCCCCUGAUGCUGCACAGAAUCUUCUCCUCUUGACAUAUGAAGAGAUGAACAGGCAGUCAGAUGCUAUUGCAGAGGGUCAGCUCAAAGUCCGCCUUCUGCUGCAGUGUACAUCAAGGGCGACAACACAACAGUCAUACUUCCUCAACCUCACCCUCAACAGGAAUUUCCCAAACCACUUACUGGCUUGUUAGUUUGACUCCAAGCUCAUCUUUGAGCAACAACCAACACAGGAGCAUCACAGGAGACUCUGUGACUCAGAGCCACUCUCGUAAUCCAGUUUCUCUGCCAUUUGUUCCUCCAGAAAGCCACAUGUUGCUACCAGCAGUAAAUUAUCUGUGUAAAUACACACCCUCCACCCUUCAUCUGAGGGUAAAGGAGUGGGACCACGUUUUUUUUCAUUCCUUCUCUAUUAUGCUAUGAGACUAUUUGGCUAACAGGUUCAUUAAGUACAACAUAACUCAUCUUGAAUUGUUCACAGAAGCACAGAAUUUCUUAGAUUGGAGAAGACAUUCAAAAUCAUUGAGUCCAAUCAUUAGUUUCAUACUGACAAGUUCUUGACUAAGCCAAAAUCCUCAGCACAACAUCUAAUCACUAUGAAUUGUUAUGGUUGGAAAGGACCACCAGGAUCAUCCACUCCAACUUUCAUCCCAGCAUCCUUCAUCACUAGACCAUAACCUCAAGUGCCACAUCCACUCUCCUUUUAUCCUUUUAAACACCUCCAGGGAUGGUGACUCCACCAUAUCCCUGGGCAGCCUGUUGCAGUGCCUGACCACCCAUUCAGUAAAGAACUUCCUCCCAACAUCCAAACUAAACCUCCCCUGAUGCAACUUGAGGCCAUUUCCUCUUGUCCUAUCAUGAGUAAUUUGGGAGAAGAGACCAGUUCCAGCCUCACUACAACCUGCUUUUAGGUAGUUGUAGAGUGCAAUAAAGUCUCCUCUCAGCCUUCCCAUCCUGGGAGUUGACAUUCCCCUAAAUCAAGCAGAAUUACACUUUUUAGGAUCUGUAGUAAUAAAGUCAUUAAGCUAAACAUUUUGUGUUUAGAAUCAUUAAUGGGUUAAUUAAAAAAGAAUUAACAGCUAGUGACAGGGUGAGGGGUAGUGGGUUUAAACUGGCAGAGGGGAGAUUUAAACUGGAUGUUAGGAAGAAGUUCUUUCCAGUGAGGGUGGUGAGACACUGGCACAGGUUGCCCAGGGAGGUUGUGUCUGCUCCCUCCCUGGAGGUGUUUAAGGCCAGGUUGGAUGAACCCUUGAGCAACCUGCUGUAGUGGGAGGUGUCCCUGCCUAUGGCAGGGGGAUGGAGCUGGAUGAUCCUUGAGGACCCUUCCAACCUAGACCAUUCUAUGAUUCUGUGAUUCUAUGACACUAAUCAGAAACAUUUUUCUGGCUUUAAUCUGCUCAGUCACCUGAAAUUAAAAAACCAGAACAUUAUCACCUAGAGCAAUGGAGUGCCACAUUUCUGACCACAGCCACAAGGAAAUACAGGCAUCUGUAUUCAGUUCCACAUACAGUCUUAAACAGCACAUUGCAUUUGGAGUUCAGCUGGCUGAAAUCGUUAAGAGAUGCAGUUUGACACUGUGUGUGAUGACAAAAGCUGUAAAUGUGUCACAGAGUGAGGGAUUAAUUUCUGAGUGUUGCUCUAGAUUGUCUUGUUUGAAUAUGUUUGCAGAGGUGUAAAAGACAUGAAUUGUCACUUCUCUUUUUAUUAUUGUAGUUAUAAGUAACCUACUUAAUAUGUGUAAGAAAGAAGGAGAAAAGCAGUGGUUUAAUCCGAGUUGCUUUCAUGCUUAUGUGGUAAGGGAGAACAGCAAAUGGUAGAAGAAUUAUCUACCUACCUGGUGCAUGCAGUGCACUCAACUGCAGCCUUAGGGCUCCACCCACUCCUGGCCUGGAAAGGUUUCUCCACGAGGAUGUUUCAACACAAGGUGGAAGAGUUUCAUUUCAUUUUCAUUAGGUGGGUAGGACCAGGAGCUUGCAUCACCCUGAUUUGCAGACAGCAGCGGCAGUCUACCAAAGCACGGUUGCUAAUUGCACAAAGCUCUCUGUGGCUGGCAGGUGUGUGUGAUCACAUGCAUUUCUGAGUCCUGUAUCCCUAAGACCCUUAACAUCCUCAGUGCUACAGGUAGGUUUAAAUCUCAUGGAAGUCAAGGGCAGAUCUGCAGAUGUCAGGACAGUGAAGGGGCUAUAGCUCUUUGUUGGUGUGAUGCAGUAAACAUGGUUGCAUCUGCAGAGCCGUGACCUUCUCACACAAUGCAAUUUCAGUAUAUAUCUCAUGUUUUGCCACAUUUAUCUUUGCUCAUGUGCCUGAUAAAGCAGGUGUAAUUUGUUUAAAGUAGCCAGAUGCCAAUUAUUACUUUGGCCUUACUGUUGCAAACAUUGUCACAGACAUCUCCCAGCCAUGGAGGGUUUUGUGUAGUUAGCAACAUAUCUUUCAGGAACAGAUUUCAGUCAUUAGCUCCCUGUGCAUUCCCCCCCCUGCCCCCCCUUGCUAGAUGUUUCUAGCCUUUGCUGUCUUAUUCACCUCUCAGCAAUAAAUUGUCUAGCAAGAGAUGUUAAUUUUCCCAAUCCUAUACAAUAGAACCCUUUGUAUCAGUCCCAUCCUACCAUGUGGAGGAUGGAAAGAGUAACAAUGAUAUCAGUCAGAGGAAAAUUAAGUAAAACUGUGCAGAAAAAUGUGACUACAGAGUUGGUGGAUGCUUAGCAUGCAAACUGAGGAAUUUAUUUUGCACUACAAUCAGUUUCUAGGUCUUGAAAUUGCUGUCAGAGGAAAUUGAAAAGGUUGUCAGUAGAACCAAAAAGAAACCUCAAUUACAUAGCUCAGGCAUCUCAGAGCUUUCUGCAUGCUGACAUAUGCAGGAGAGAGACUUUUCCAAGACAGAGAGGAACUAAGAAGUAGAAAUAUAUUUUCUGCAAAGGCAAGGGCAAUUGAAAGCCUUUCCUUGUAAAAGGCACUCUUUUUUACAUUCCUGCUUUCCAGAAACAACCAUUUUCCAGUAGGCAUAUACCAGUGAACCCAUUAAAGUUUAAGCAAGGAAUGCAUCUGACUGCACUGCACUGCUCUGUUUUCUUCAUGAACAGGACAGUGUGUGACAGGUGGUAGUGAUUGUGCAUGCCAGUGCCACUAAAAGGUUCUCAUAGAAGAGAAAAUAAAAUAAUAACAACAAUAGGCUGGGUGUUAGGAGGAAGUUCUUGACAGAGAGAGUGAUUGGCAUUGGAAUGGGCUGCCCAGGGAGGUGGUGGAGUCACUGUCCCUGGAGGUCUUCAAGAAAAGACUGAAUAGUGCCAUGGUCUAGUUGACUGGCUAGGGCUGGGUGCUAGGUUGGACUGGAUGAUCUUGGAGGUCUCUUCCAACCUGGUUGAUUCUAUGAUUCUAUGAACAACAACAACAACAAUAUAAUAGCAGAAGAACUCUACAUCAAAAUUAUCUAUGUAGCCAAAAGAGCUUGAGAAACAGAGGAAGGAAAGUUAUAGAAUAAAGAUAGGUAUCCUUGCUUAUCCUCUCUAAUUGUUCUAAUUGCAUAUAACUCAUUAACUUCUGAGGAUUCAGACCAUGGUUUCUCCCAACAUACAAGGAUUUGAUUUGCAACUCAGAGAUGUCACACUGCAUAUGCUGUCAUCAGUCCCUAUAUUAAUCUCCUUUGGGUCAUGGCAGACAGGCUAAUUUUCUCUGUGAAUAGAGGAUGAUAUUAGCUAGAUCCUGUUCCAAUGGAGGUGAAGCUUACUAGGAAAGCUGGAAAUUAGGGCCUGCUGCUUGUAUGGGCGGCAAAAAGAAAAGGGAAUCAGUGAAAAGAUUGGGAAAAGCUUUUAAAGACCACCUGUGAUGGUUUGGGAGUUACCUGCCCACACACACAAUGGAAUCACCCAGACUAGAUUCAGCAGGCUGAAAGUUAAGGAAUGAAGCUUUAUAUUCACAGCUUAGCACAAUAUAAAGCAGAUAUUUACAAUAUGUUACAGCUGUACACAGAAAUAUACAAAUUAAAAGUAAUGCAAGAACACAAUACCCCUCCCAGAAACCAGAGUCCCCAGAAGGGUCUCCCAACCACCCUUCCACCUUCUUUCCAUCCUUCUGUCUUAUCUCAGAGUCUGUCUUACAUGCAAGGUGAGUUGGGAGGAUCAGCAAGGGGGGAUUAGAAGCAGAAUGAUUAUUUGGGUUACACAGAUCCAAGAAGAACAGCAGAAGCCCAGGAAGAAAACACCAAAAUUGACAGACUCUGACAGCCAGACUGCCUUACCUAUGUUUGUGUCCAUCUCAGCAAACUUAGGAGUGAAGUAGACAUCACCACUGUUUUAUUUUCACAGCCUAUAAUCUAAUGUUUCUCACUAAAAUAUCCCAAUUAGCCUCAAAGUAGCAUACCGCCUCAAAAGCACAGUCCUGCUUUGGUCCAUCUGGAAAACCAAUUCUGGGGCAAGAUGCUGCAGAAAGCCUUCUAGGAACACAAAGCAGUCCUGCCCAGAGAAAGAUGUUUUCUUUAUUCUUGCUAAUAACUUUAGCAAAAACCUGAAAAUAUUUGCUAAAGAAGAGACAGACUGAGACAUGCUAAAAUAUCCCUGGAAGCAAAAUGUGGGUAGAUGUGGAUUCCACUGAUACCUGAACAAAUGCUUCAAUGGGGUUGGAAAAGCACUUUGUAGAAGACAAUCAGUUUAGCGUGUGGGAAGCUGGAGAAGGGUUUGUGUCUGCCAGAAAUCGAAGAAAGAAGAAAGGUCUUAUAUCUACUUUGUGUGCACCUUACCACAGACCACAGGAGUCUGUGACUCAGCUUCAGAGGUACCACUUGUAUUGCUGACUGCAUGAGAGGCAGAGAAGCACAGAAGUCUCUGGAAGGAAGUUAAGGCAGGCUGAUACAGCUUCAGGCCUGGAUGGGUUUGCUCUAGGAACUUAAUCUGCUAGGCUUUGACAGAGAGGAAAACAGACUUUGAGAGCAAAGAAAAGAGCAUAACAUUUUUCAUUCACUAUGUGAAACAUGCUUGGAACUGAGUAUGCAUGCAUAUGGCAUGCAGAGUCUUCUUCAGUUACACUGAAUCAGUAGUCCCUUCAACCCUCAGGCUUUUAUCUCAUUUUAAGCAGCUUUUACAUUUACUUGCGUAUCACUGUAGAAAGCACUGAGCUAGUUUGCUCCUCUCACCUAAUGUUUGUUCCUCUCACUUAAUUUUAGUUAUCUUCAAGGCAGAUGUCCACAUCAGACCCAGACAUCAAAAUUUGCUCUGCAGUUGAAAAGCAGACACAUAUGAUCCAUUUUCACACACCUACUAUAGUAUGAAACAAAUUGUUUCUCAAAUGUGGCUGCUUCUUUCCUUUUGUAGUGCAGGGUCUAGCUGAGUAGCUCAGAGAUCCACAGAUGCAAUUGGUCAGCUGAAUCUCACCCUGGUUUCUUUCACUGUGCACCAAAAACCUAAAAUGACUUCACAUGAGGUUUAAUUAUUUCUUUCCAAGUUCAGCUAGAUGUAGCAGUGUAGGAACGCAACAUUAGUCCUGAACAACAAAUUACAUCUUUGAAGUACCCUGUAAACUCUAACUACACUGCAAUUAGACUAUCCUAUUAGUAAAAUAAUGCACAGAAUACUGACCUAUUGCUAUUAUGUAAAAUUAAUGAGCUGUGUUUUCUGACCAGUCAUUCAUCCUUCUUCCAAAUACCUGUGGAUUUAAAUUUUAACUACUAAAAUAGCUCCACAAAAUUACUGGUAGGCAGAAGUGGCAAGGCAAGUAUUUGAAAUGCACUGUGGCAGGCUGCAAAGACUCAGAAGAAUAUAAGGACGUAGGAUUCCAUUCAGAAUCAGAUGCAGGAGUAGAAAAGUAAUUUUGCUUAAAGGUGUGUGGAGGCUGCUGUUUUAACUUUGUUUGCUUUGUAUUUUAAUUACUGCCUUGCAAAUAAAUUACAACAUUUUCCUGGUAGCUAA